UCUCAACUGGGUUCUACACCUCUAGCCCGAAUUUUUCGCAAAAGUAUCGGCUAAUAAGUACAACUAAUUCCGACCGUUCUACCGCAACCCAAAAGCGGUGUUCCGCCGAUCUGGUCUCGACGAGUCCGCCCGCGAGAACCACCACUCAUUUACUUCUAAACGUCCGAUCAAACAUUCGCAACGAUGGCUCCUCGAGGGUCCUUAAAACCUCGCGAAUAUGACUUCUCGAACGUGGGUAAAGCUGGAAGGCGCACGGGGCUUACCCUGAAGGAAGGGAAGCGCGAUGAAUACGGAAUGGAAGAAAUUGAAGGAAUGUGGUCAUCUCCUGAGAAAUCGCCCAUAGGAGAGAACGAUUUCGACAGCAGGCAUGAUGUUUCCGACGGCUCGGAUGGAAUGUCUAUCGACGAAGGGAAUGGCCCUGCUCCUGCAGAUUAUCUAAAUGGCCUGAACAGCAGACGCAGCCCUUUCUUCCCCCCGCCCGUUGCACGUUCGCCCGUCAAGACCGGCUUGAGCGGCUCCCCGCGGAGGACCCCCGGCUUGCGAUCGUCCCAGAGUCCACAGCGCGAUAUACCGUCUUCCAGCCCCUCGGAUGGUAAAGGCCAUGGGAAUGUGAGGGGAGACUCCCGGCCCGAUGUUUCGCCCCUGACCAAUCGCUCUGUCAACGCGCCAUCUCUCAACCAAGUCAAUAACAAGCGGAAUAAGGCGAACGCUAAGGAACUGGCGGCCGCAGUUUAUUUUUCGGACAGCGACGCGAACAGCCCAUUGAACGGAGACGAGAACGCAGGUGUAAUCGAUCAUGUACAAGAAGACUUCUCAAAUAGCAUCGACGGCGGUGAUGAGACAAUGUUAAGCGAUCACAUGGAAGACCCGGAUCGAAAUCGCGAGGAUGAAGAGCCGCUGUCGCCUGAGGCCCCUAACCGCAACGAAGAACAAGCCCCGGAUACCACCAUCAAAACAAGACGGAACCCACAAAACAAGAAGAAUAAAGCACAGGACACAGCGCAGCAGAACAAGCCCGAAGCAGAACAAUCGACGAAACGCAAGCGACCUGGGCGACCCCCCAAAUCGCAAAGUACGGGAGAUGCCGAUGUAGAGGGGCAACGCGCAUCAAAGAUGGCCAAGCCGUCCUCGAAGAGAAGCCGAGAGCCGGAGGCCUCGGGCAAUCCGGAGUUGGAUAAGGUCGUCGAGAACUAUGUCAGCCGUACAGGGCCUCUAAAGGGUCGGAGCCUCCAUAUCCUCAAGCGGGAGGCACCUAGCGAAAGCGGCGCUACGCACACGCGGUCAGGCCGUGUAUCUGUCAGACCGCUCGCUUAUUGGCGCAAUGAGCGGUGUGUUUAUGGGGACGGGGAUGCUUCUGAGGGCCAGAGAUACCCGCUCUCUACGAUUAAAGAGGUCAUUCGCACAGAAGAGCCAGAAACCGGGGCAGAGAAACGGGGCUCCAAAAAAUCCAAGUCGAAAAAGAAACGAAAUCAGGCUGACUCUGACGACGAUGCCGAGUAUGCGGACGAUUGGGAGAAAGAUGCUGGAGUUCUCCAUGGCUUUAUCAGGAAGUGGGAUCCGGAAACUCAAACGGCCACAGAAGAUGACGAGGUACUCGACAUCGCGUAUGCUCCUGUUGGCAUUGAGACGAGAGAUGUCAAAGGCUCCAAGUUCCGCUUCGCCAAACUUCUCAGCUCAUCAUUUUUGGGUUCGGGCAUAGUCGAGCUGCCUCCCGGGGGGAUAAAGAAGCCGAAAAAUUCCAAGAAGAUGCACAUGGUAUUCUACGUCGUGAGUGGCAGGGUCCAAAUCGACAUUUCCGGGGUGCAAUUUAGUGCAGGCAAAGGAUGUGUAUUCCAAGUCCCUAGGGGGAAUUAUUAUAGUUUCGCCAAUACACACGCGAAAGAUACUCGACUCUUCUUCACCCAGAGUUGUGUUCCGACGGAAAGCGAAAGCGAAGGCGCCGAGCCCGAUCCCGAAUCUGCAUCGAAAUUCGGCAACAUCGAGGAUGAGGCUGCGACGCCAACCGAACGUCCAGCGAAAGGUGGGAAGGGCCGGCCUAAGAAACAGAAGGGCAAGGCUGGCGGAGCCAAGGCCGGCACCAAGGCUGGUACCAAGGCUGGUUCCAAGGCGUCAAAGUCAUGAUGGGGAAGACCCGACACCCUCAAGAACUUCAUGCAGUCUAGUCUUCCGCUCGACUCCAUCCUCUUUUCUCAAGUAUCCUUUCUUUCUCUGCUAUUCAGCCCAUGUUUUGCUCCAUUUGGGACCUGUGGGCGGACAGUGUCUUCUUCUGAUACACAAUAUGUUUUGGAGUUUAUGUUUUGACUUUAGCGAUUGAGUUAUAUGGUACUGUGACUAUCUAAUUAAGCUGCUGGUAUAUUUUUCUUCC